GCCAGAUCCAUUGAGGAAUUCAACGAGAAGUUUUUCGAUAUAAUUAAAAGACAAGAGACCCGCACCACAUCAUGUUUGUGGGGAUGAAAAGGAGCAAUAACAGGAUUAAUUUCACUUGUAUCAGUUGUAUGUAAGAAUCUGAGAUACAGUACUCAUGGAUUGCAGUCCUUCUAAAGUUUCUGGCACAGCCAUUAAUGCUCAUGUACUCAUUCUUACAUUACCUGCACAAGGGCACGUUGCCCCGACGAUGAAGUUGGCAUACCGCCUUGCUGAUCUUGGAGUCAAAGUCACUUUUCUUACUGCAGAAUGUACAUUUGAUCAACUUGUCAGUGAGCAAUCAAGAAAUAAGGAUGCUUUGCCAAAGAUCCAGGGUGGACCUUAUCCGGAGAGGGUGAAGACAGUUUUUUUUCCUGAUGGACUGAAAAGUACAGAAUUAGAUGAGAGAGGAGAUACUGUGAAGUUCUUGGAGAGAAUUGCAAAGGUCAUGCCCUAUCAUGUGGAGGAAUUCAUCAAGAAGGCUAAUCAACCUGAGUCUGAGAAGGAUGAAAAGAUUACUUGUGUAAUUGCUGAUUUGGUCGUGGCAUGGGCACUGGAGAUUGCAAAUAAGAUGGGGCUAAAAGGGGCUAUCUUUCUUUCAUCAGCACCAGGAAUUGUAUCCAUGGUGUUGCAAAUACCACAUCUUAUUGAGGCUGGCAUCAUCGAUGCUGAAGGAACUCCAAAAAAGAAGGAAAAGGUUAUGUUGUCACCAUAUCUGCCAGCUCUGAGCAGUGAUGAUUAUGUGUGGAAUUUCCCAGGAAACAAAGAGUUGCAGAAGGUUGGGUUUGAAUUUGUGCGUUCCGGUGAGCCUUUUCUGAGAACAUCCAACUGGGUUCUGUGCAACUGGUAUCGCGACCUUGAUCCUUCAGCUGAUGGUUUACUCCCGACUACAUUAUCGAUUGGUCCACUACUUGCAAAUGAUCGGCCUAGUGGAAAUAUGUUUUCAGAGGACCUUACUUGUUUAAGCUGGCUCGACAGACAACCGCCAGGAUCGGUUGUUUAUGUCUCUUUUGGCAGCACAGGGACAUUUAAUUCUCAUCAAUUUGAUGAAUUAGCCCUUGGCCUUCAACUUAUGGGCAGACCAUUUCUCUGGGUGGUGCGGCCGGACAGCAGCCAUGAGGUUGCUAGUGCUACUGAUGGUCUCCGAAAUAGAGGAGCAGAUGAUCAUCAGCUUGGAAAGAUAGUUCAGUGGGCACCUCAAGAAAAAGUGUUGGCUCACCCUUCUGUUGGAUGCUUCUUAACUCACUGUGGUUGGAACUCAACCGUAGAGGGCAUGAGCAUGGGGGUUCCCCUGCUUUGCUGGCCUCACAUGGGAGAUCAAUUCUAUGUCAGGACUUGCAUCUGUGAUGGCUGGAAGGUUGGUUUGGAGUUGAAGCCAAACGAAGAUGGGAUCUUUACAAGGCAUGAAAUCAAAAGCAAAGUGGAUGAAUUGCUCAUCAAUGGUGGAAUAAGAGAAAAUGCACUCAAGAUUAAGAGGUUGGCUCAGAUGAGUUUGUCCAAAGGUGGAUCCUCUUCAAAAAAUCUGGAACAAUUUGUCGCAGAACUUGUGCUUUGAAGAUUGUUUCUGCCACUCUGUUCCUAGUCAAGUUAAUGUAUCAGCAAUAAUGGCCGUUUCAUAACACGAUGGAGCAUUUUGACUCA